AUGUCAACGUCAAUUAUCCGUCGUAAAAAGACAAAACAACGUGAACAGAGAUGUGAGAAAAGAAGUCAUGAAGAGACAAGAAGAAAAGAAGAACUGAUUCAGGUAGAUAUAUUUUCGCAAGCUCCUUUUCCAUUGGGUAAUUCCGUUCGUUCCACAUGGUUGUUCUGGCCCACAAUACUUGCAAUUUGUGAGAUCACUCAAGCCGUGAUUCCAUUCAAUCGUGUGGAUAAUAAAGAGAACCAAGAGCCAAGGGAAAAAAGGCAAAGGAAAAGUGAGCCUCCUUCAAUAUCAAAUAAUAAUAUUAUUCAUGAACCCAACAAGAAAGAAGGCGUACCUUAUUAUAACUUAAGUGUUCAGAAUAGUAUUAAGCCUUUAACAUCAAAUAAUGUAACAAAGCUCUUGGAUAAUAUUAUUCAUGAACCCAACGAGAAAGAAUGCGUACCUAAUUAUAUAGACCUAACCAAACUUGACGAUGACCCAAGCAUUCAGAAUAGCAUUAAACCUUCAACAUCAAAUAAUGUGACAAAGCUCUUGGACAAUAUUAUUCAUGAACCCGAAGGUGUACCUAAUUAUAUAGACCUUACCGAACUUGACGAUAAUCCAAGUGUUCAGAAUAAUAUUAAACAUAAGAUUUUUCAACUUGUAAAGAAGAUGGAGGCUGAAAAGUACGAGAUAAUAUUAAAGAUAAUGGAGAUAAAGGAGGCUGAUAAAUUAAAAACAGUAGAAAGGGUAAUGAAAAUGAACGAAGAUGAAAAGUUCGAGACAAUUAAAAGAGAGGAGGCUGAGAAGCGAACAAUAGUGGAAAAGAAAGAAGCUGAGAAGCAAGCGAUAGUGGAAAAGAAAGAAGCUGAUAACCAAAAAGCUCUAUGGGAAGCUAAAGAAUACCGUCAGUCAAUAUUACGCUUGGAAAAUACCGGUAGUAUAAGAGGCGCACUAGAAUUCAUUCGUUCGAAGAUUUUAUUGAAUCGUAGCCCUUCUAUUUUUGAAGAACCAGUGGAUAAAACGUUAUUACGCCUUUCCCAAGAUAAGAAUUUUACCAACUACUUACAAAAAGCGUGCCAUGAAAAUCAUCUUAGGUUUGAUGACGUUAAAAGAUGUGUAGGUGGUUUAUACCACACAGCAUCAAAAAAUUUUCACGGACACGGCAAAAUUACAAUCAAUGCGCAAUCUUGGUCGACAAACGAAGUUUUGUCGUUGGGCGUUAUUUUUGAGUAUUUCAAAAUUCAGUGGUCAUAUUGUAAUGCGGAUGAUGAAAGUAAUAUAAGUAGGAGUGAACAUGGGGAAAUUACUUCACACUUCGCACUUCACUCUUUACAAUUCAUCCCUAUGGCUAGUGAACCUUCGAGCGCCACUAUAGCCAGUGAACCUUCGACCAGCACUUCUGAAAUUCAAACAGAUACUUCUGAGCCUCCCCAACUCGAAGUACUUGCAUUAAUUUAUCUUCGAAAUCAAGAAAUUUCAACUAUCCCCAGCAGAAUUCCGAAACUCAAUCCUUGCGGUAUUUGCCAAAGAGUAAUCCUAAAAUUCCGAUUACAAUCAUUCGUUGUGUUGGGUUGCGAACACCUUUUCCACCGCCAAUGUCUUGAGAAUUAUAUUAUGCAAGCAGAAACAGAUCCUAUUACUCUUACAUGCCCUUCGUUUAGAUUAACUUUUGCAGAAGCUAUGCUUCAAAAAAGGGCCGAUCAUCUCGUGAUUUAUCGAAACCCGCCAGCUCCUGGAACUGUCGUGGAACUAGGGAGAUCUCAUGUGAUACGUUAA